UCUGGCCGGUGAUUGGUGGAGUGCGCCGGUGACGUCAUGGCCAGUUGUUGUCCCGCGUGAGGUGUGUUUUCACUCUCAAAUAUUUUGCAAAAUUCACACGUACUACAUGAUUCUAAGCCCAGGCAAAGGCAAAUAGCCCCCAAGUAACAAUGGUGGGUGUGAGUGUGGUGCAAGUGGCCAAUGCAGUGCGCCACACUCCACUGCCCAGCUUGGCAUCUGAUGCUGACACUGGCGUGGGGCCUGAGGAUCCUGUCAAAGGCUUGGAUGCCCGUGCCAGUCCAGCCCAUGUCUUGGGAGGCUUUGUUGGGGAGGGCCAACUGGCAUGGCGGGCAUCAGGACCAACGGUAGAGAUCAUUGAUCCUGACAGGGGGACCCGAAAGGCUGCUUGGACUUUUGGGGCUGUUCUGCACAACACUGGUGCUGAGGUGACCAGUGUGUGUGGGGUGGGCAAGGCACCGCUCACACAUGUGGUGGUGGGGGUAGACCUGGGGGCUGACCGAAGACCAAGAGGGCUGGUGGCACUCCUCUCUCUUCGCUCCUCUCGGGUGACUCGUGCCUUCCACUUUGAACACAAGGUGACAAGUCUGUGCAUGGGGUCUGGGGGAGAGCUGACUGUGGACAGUGGCACACUGGCUCCUGAACUGAGGCACUGGCAUGGAUUGUUGGUGGUUGGCACAGCUCAUGGCACUUUGCACCUGCUGGAUCUGGCACUUGACCUUGGUGCAGGUCACAAGGUGCUGUCUGAUGAAGUGUCACCUGGAACCCUUCUCGCUAUGGCAACACCUGACCCAAAUGCUGAGCACAGCCGGGUCAGCACACUCGUUCAGAAGUGCCAUCCCACCAUGUGCCUAAGUGAUGGCAUGAGCUAUGGUGGACAUUUUCAACUAAUUGGACCAGAUGACAAUGUACUGUUUGAAGUAGCGUCUCAGCAAGUGUUUGUGGCAGCCCUAGCCUUCUUCCCUCAGCUGGCCUCCCUUGUUGUGGGUUACAACUUUGGGGCAUUCCAGAUCAUCAACCUGUCCACCCUGACCAUUGAUUGUGCAAGUCCCUAUGAGGAAAGUAUGCCUCCUGUGCUUUCGUUUGCCUGUCAAGAACCAGAAAAUGACCCCAAGAAUUUUGUGUACUUAUGGUUGUGUCGAAGUUGGACCUCUGAAGCAGGAGGGAGGGAGAAAAGCAAGACGGGGCAAGGGUCUCGUGCCCUCUGCACCAUGUACGCUAUGAACUAUGACAGCAAGGUUUGGAUUGAGGGCCAUGGUCUGUGGUACCAGGGUCUGGCCUCCAUCUCACCAAGGUUUGAAUUUGACAUCCUGGGAGGACUUGGCCUCAGAGGACAGCCUGUGGAACCCAGCCGGGUGUUUUCAGCCCUUACUGUGCAGCUCUCCACACCUCCUUCUGCUGCUGGUGCUGGUGGUCCUUCUCCUGUGGGUGCCCUCACUGCCUCUGAUGAGGACUCUGGGUCUGUGUUAGAGCAGAGUCUUUGUCUGUUUGGGUGGGUUGGUGGAGUGAAAGACAAAGGCUACAUCUCCCUCAACCACUACUUAGCUGUGUUUGAUAUCAACCAAUGGUACCAGGCCCACAUGCCAUCUUCACUUAAAUUAGAGGAGAGCCACCUGUGUCCCUACAUGAGCUUCCACCUUCUGGAUCGUGUGCCGGGGAUCAAUGCUGAUGGAACAUUGAGUGAGGUGGUCAUGGGUGCCAUACCCAAGCCUGCCUCGUGGGCCCAGCACACCUCACACACCUGCAAUGAUAGUGACUGGUUUCCUGCUGCUCUGUCCUAUGAUGCUCUUGUUUUAACCAGUGACAGUCUAGUUGAGUAUCGGUGCCAGAGUGCCCAACAGGCAGCUUUGGCCUUGCUCACCUCCUGUGGUCCUGCUGCCAUUGUCAACCCAGAAGAGGCCCAUGCUGUCUGUGUAUUUGCUGGUCUCAUCCCCUCUGACCCACACCAUCAUCUCCCGCCCUCAUCAGCCUCCCCCAUGAUGUUGGAGCGAGAAGCACUACUCAAUGUGUCGCUGGACCAGCAGCUUGUUUCCCUCUUGGUUCAGUGUGUAACUGAGUUUUCUGAAGGCCGCUUCACCAAUUUGGGCUGCUCGCUCCCCUCCCUCCUGGACUGGGCUUGGGGAAGAGUGACUGAGAUCAAAACGUCCAAUGACAACCUCUGUCUGCUACUCUUUGAUCCAGACUGUGGUGUGAUGAAUUCAGAAAACAUUGCCUUGCUGCAUCAAAACCUCACCAACCUCACCACACUUGCCACCAUUAUCACCACCAUCCGGGACUCUGCCCAAUCCAACCUCAUCACUCUGCAAGGUGCCAAUGAACUUGAGGGGCGAGUGAAGGUGGUGCGACUGAUGGUGUUACAUCUGGAGGCAGUGCUUUGGUUUUACCAUUGUGGCUUGCUCUCACCAACACCAAUUGAAGAUCCAGGCGAUGAGUGCUGUGUCCCGUUCCCAGCAGAGUUGCUGUCUCGGAUAUACAGGAACAGACGCUCUGAGAUAAAGAAUCUGAGUGCGUCCCUGACCGGCAACGAGGUGCUCAUGAUUGAUGGCCUUUUGGAGGAAGCUGCUGAGGUGUCUGGGGGCAACAUGGGCCAGGCCUGGGAGGAAGAGGGUGGCACUAGUAGCAUCAAGAGUGGUGGAGUGUACCCUCCUCCAAGCCUCCAUGGUCUCCUCAACAUGUUCCUCCUACCUUACGUCCCCACCACCACCAAACACCGCAUUGUGCAGUAUCUUUUCCUCGACCUGGCCUCCUUGCUCUCUGAUGGGUAUGUCAGGGUUGUGGAGGAGCUGGUCAAGUACCCCUCAAGUUUUUCUCUCUCUCCGUCCCUCAUCAAGCUUACACAGGCCUUUUGGCUCCUGGACCACAAGGACUUCCAGGAGGGAUUGAAUGUCCUGCUGGAUCCCUUGGUGAACCCGUGUGACCUUACUCCCUGGCAGCACCGGCGCAUCAUGAAGGCGUUCCUCUACCAGGGGGAACACGGACGGGCGCUGACUUAUGCCAAGAUGCGGCAGCCACCUAAAGUGGACCUGGAUGACAUUCGGCUGCACCUGACACUGCUGCUGGCUAAUAAACUGGUGCGGGAGGCCUUCCACUACCAGCGAGCUCAUCGCACCACAGCCAACACUGAGGACCUGCUGCAGCAUUUCUUCACAGGAUGUGAACAGCAAGGGCGGCUGGAAAGUGUCAUCCACCUGCCACUGUCACCCUUGGAGGAGGCUGCAUUGGUGACUUACCUGCGCACCUCCACCAGCACCUCUGCUCACGACUACCUUCUUGUCUAUUAUCUACAGCGGGCCAGAUAUGAUGAUGCAGCGCUCCUGCAAGACAGCCUUCGUGGAGGCUUGGGCACUGCAAGGCGGCGGCAUGGCACUCGCUCUGCUCUUGUGCAUGGCUAUCUCACCCACCUUCCUGAUGUGGCCAGCAGGCUGUCAUCUGGAGUCAAGAGGCCUGGGCCUCCUGAGUCCAUCAUGUACAAGAAGCCGCCGCCACUCUCAGCUCAGAUCCGCCAGUCAUCAGCCAACAUAAGGUCUCGUGCCAGUGCCCUGGAAGAACAGCUUGGCUCUCCAUCCCUUCACACUGAUCCCUACACUCCCUUCAGGAGUGCAGCACAGAGGCGGCGGGCAUAUGAGAAGGGAGACUUGGAUGAUUAUGAUAUUCUGGUCACACCAAGACAGAAAGGAUCAAGCAGAGAUGCUUCUCAUGUAGUAUUCCCAUCAAUGGAAACCUCACCAGCUCUCUUCCUGGAAGGGGAGACAUCUGGACUGUUUAGUUUAGGUCCAGGCCGGCGAAGCCACCUGGCUGAAUCCACACAUAUUGGAGAUGGUGUAAUCAAGAUCAUGGAAUCAGUACUCAAGCGAAGCAGCAUGCACAAUGCAGCCACACCCAGAAAAAGUAUGACCCAGACUAUCUCAGCUGACAUGCUGUCACUGCUGCAGACACCUAAGAUCAGGCGAAAGCGAAGACCAGACACUCGACCAGGUCCUGACGACACCCUAACAGACACUCCACAGUCCAUCCUCAAGGUGCGUCAGAUGGUCCAGCGUCCUCUCAGCCCUGCAACUGCCAGUGAUGCCUCAGUCCCAGUGUUCCCUCGCCUCUCUGCCAGGAAGGCCAAGAUAUCGGCAGCAGCAGCAGCAGCAGUGGUGGAAGAGUCAGCCCUGAACCGCAGCGCAGACACUAGCCUGACCCCUAAGCAGCUGCGAUUCCAUCUCCCAAAAGUACAGGCCAGGGCCCAGCUCAGAUCCAAGGGGUCAGCCCAGUUAUCAGCAGACAGUGACCAGCUAUUAGAAGAAGAGGAAGUGGAAGAAGUUGAAGAGGAGGAAGCAGGUGAGGAAGAGGAGAUGGAAGAGGAAGAAGCUGUUGAAGAGGAAGAGGAUGAAAUGGAAGCAAAUACACCAGAAUUAGAGGAACAAGUGGAGACAGAUGUGGAAGUAACAGUACCAAGGCUGGAAUCUGAGAGGCGCCAGACAGGCCUGGGGAUUCCCACUCCUCGCCAGCCUCUGCACGGCCCUGCUACCUGGCCUUCCACCUGGCCGAGCCAAAGACCAGAGAAGGCCAUGGACAUGCAGGGGCACGAGUCACCAGCAGAAGUGUCAUUAGAAGAGGAGGAAUCAUCUGAGGUCCCCAGCAAAGAGACAACUGUCAAUGACAUGUUCUACAGUUUUGUGGAGGAAGAAGAUGAGGCUGAGAAGGCUAACACUGAGAAAGAUAGUACUAUUGAACAGGAGGAAGUAGAGAUGGAGGACCUUGAAGGUGUAGAAAUCUCCCGGGAAAUUGGAGAAACAGAUGAUGACUUAAACACUGAAGAUGGUGAUGCUAAAAUUAGUGAAGAAGAAAAGCAGGAAGAUAGCAUUGAGGGUGAUGAUGGCAAAAUUAAUGAAGAGAAACAGGAGGAUAGCAUUGAAGGUGAUGAUGGUAAAAUUAGUGAUGAAGAAAAGCAGGAGGAUAGCAUUGAGGGUGAUGAUGCUACAAUUAGUGAAGAAAAGAAUCGGGAAGAUAGCAUUGAGGGUGAUGAUGCUGCAAUUAGUGAAGAAAAUAAGCAGGAAAAUAGCAUGCCUGAGGAUACAAGCAAGAUGGAGAAACAAGAUAUAGAGCUUGAAAGUGUGUCAGGUGUUAAUGAGAAUGGAAACAUUGAGAAGAAAGAUACAGAAGAUGAGAAAACUUCCCAGAGGCCUGACAAGUCUGCUCUCAGUCUCUCAGAUACAUUGGGUGUAGCAGCAGCAGAGGUUGAGGAGGAAGCUGAAGUGCUUCCAACCAAUCAGGAAUCUUUAGCUCUAGAGAAAGACAAGGAAGCACCUGCUGAUUUUGUGCCUGUGAAGGAGCAAGAAUAUGGUCUUGAGGAGCGUGGCGAGGGACCCUUGAGAGAAGAUGAAGGCUUCUCAGAGGAAAUAGAGCCACCUCAUGAGGAGGCACAGGUACCAGAGGAAGAGUUGGAAAUAUCAGAUAGUGGAAGGUCAGUGAUAAUUACUGCAGGGAGUCCAAGUGAAGAAAGGGAAGUGCAUGUUAACCAGGAGGACGUAGAGGAAAAGGAAGAGGAAGAAAAGGUGGAACAAGAACAAAAGGGGCAAGAGGAAAAGAGCAAAAGGCUGACGAGAAAGAGAGAAUAGACACAGAUUCUGUCACACACACAACAGAAACUCCUCAUCAAGAGAAGAUCUUCAGCAUUGAAGAGUGUGUACCUUCAAGGGAGGAGAAGGAAGACAUGGACCAUUGCAUCACCACACAGGAGGAGGAAAUGAUUGCUGAAGCAGUGUCUGAGGGUGAGGAAGAGCUUUAUCUCAACUUGGAAUCAGAUGAUGAGGUCAGUCCUAUUCUUUCCACAACAGAAGUUAAGACAACUGAUAACAAGAAA